AUGUCGUCUCUAACCCGUUCGCAGGUAGCCCAACUCCAGAAGAAGAAGAAGGCAAAGAAGACUCCCGCUGCUGGAGCAGAGACACCCAAGGAAGAUUCAACAGAGGGAGCCGAGGCACCGGCAGAGGCCGAACCUACCAACGAUGCCCCCGCAGAAACACCACAAACGGACGCCCCCGCGGAGACCGACAAACAAGAAGAACCUGCCGACCCUGAACCUGCCACAUCGCCACCAGUAGCACCAGAGGAGCCAUCCUCCCAGCAGACUGAAGAUGCGCCGGUCGAGUCUCCAGUGGAACCGAUGCCACCAGCACCGACGUCUCCCGGCCUGGAUGCUGAACCGUUGCCGAUGCUCGAUACACCCCGCGCCAAUCAUGCGCGCCAGCCUUCCCUGUCGAUCCAGUCGAAGAUGCGGUCAUCUUCGUUCCGCAAAACAUCUGUGUCCCAAGGCAGUGUUUCCCCCUCCCCCUCCACGCUCAAGUCCCCCGCACAAUCAUUACCGCCCCUGACUGGAGAUGGGGAGUCUGUCCACGAGGUAUUCCGCAAGCAGUCUACGAAGAUCGAGGAACUGGAGAAGGAGAACAAGCGACUGGAGAAGGAUUUGUCAGACGCGACAACACGCUGGCGCAAGACCGAGGAGCAGGUGGAGGAUCUGCGGGAGGCAAGCGUUGAUGGCGCGGAGCUGAAGGACCGGCUGAAGAAGGCCGAAGAACAGGUUGCCAGCAUUGACUCUUUGAAAGAGGAGAUUGCUUCACUUCAGCGACAGAACUCACAGCUGCAAACGAGAUCACAUCGCAAUGUCAGCAACACGGAAUCACCGCCUGCGGACCUGGUCCGUCAGCUUGAGUCGAAAUCGGCUACCAUUGAAUCUAUGGAGCUGGAGAUCUCAAAUCUGCGUGCGCAGGUUACAUCCCAGACAUCUUCUAACGAUGCACACGAAUCUCAGGUUGCUGCGCUAGAAGAAAAAGUCACUGCCAUCCAAGCUGAGCUUGAAAGCUCCCAGCGGGAGCUGGCAGAGACCAAGCAGGCGUUGACAAGUGCCUCGGAGAAGGCAGCUCAAGAAGAUGUUGACAAGACCUCCACGGAGGAACAGAUCAAAUCUCUCCAGCAGGAGAUCGAGCAACAGAAGAGCGAAAAGGUCGAAUCAGAGAAGAAAAUCGAGACGCUGGACAAGAAGCUUCAAGCCAUAGGCAAUCUGCACAAAGAGACCGAAGCCCGACACCAGACCCGUCUGCGCGAAAGCGAAAAAGCCGACAAAGAGAUUGCGGUUAUGCGCAAGAAGAUCUCCAGCAUCGAAAAUGAAAACCUCCGUCUCCGCGAAGAGAGCGAUCGCAUCCGCACGCGCCAAGCCUCCGGUGGCGCGGACGACGACGCCCUCGAUGAACUCGAAGACGAAGAGCGGCAGCGUCUCGAGCGUCGUAUCCGCGAACUAGAAGGCGAAGUCUUCGAUCUGCGCCGCGGCGUCUGGCAAGAGAAGCGCCAGGAGCUAGAGCACUACCCAGAUGAUGGAGCUAGCCCUGCUGGCGAUGCGAACGCGUUCGAUGACGUUGAUCUCGUUGGCGGCAGGCCUGACCACGCCCGUCGUCGCAGCAUGGGCCAGCAGCAACACUCGUCUUUCUCCACUGUCUUGUCCAGUGGUUUCGCUGCGUUCACGGGAGCCGGUGGGAAUCGGGCCCGGGCCUCCUCGUCCAACCCGCCUCACCCCGGUAGUCUUGAGCUUGUGUCCGAGGAGAACUUGGAUGAUGAAUUCGAUGAGAGUGCAUUCGCGAUCGCGCAGGCCGAGGAAGAAGGAAGAAAGCGUGUGGCUUGGAUGCGCGACAUCAAGAGCAAGCUCCGUGACUGGAACGGCUGGCGGUUAGAUCUGGUUGAUAGCCGUGCCGGCGCUGAAGGCGCAGGUGUGGGCAUGGGGGAGAUCUUUGAAGUCUAA